AUGCAGUGCGAUAUUUGUUUCCGAACAGGCGGGCCAAAGUUGCCUUUUUUAUGUCCUACUGACGCAAGAAAUCGCCUUUAUGAUUUACGGUUCAGGCAUGCGAACGCUCUCGUUGAAGGGAACGCAGCUGAGCAAGAUGUGAGCGCUGCCCUUGAAGAGAGAACAAAUAGCAGCCAAUCAACAGUUUCCAUGGCGCGAGUUGAAGUCACAGAGAUACAGGCUAAAAUGAGUCAAGCGGCUUAUCGAACGCAGCAUAUAAUCACCAAGGCAGAGGAGCUGAGAGACAACAUUGAGAAAGCUAAGCAAGACCUUGCUCGUAGAAAGAACGUACUAUCCCGCAGGAAAACCAUCCUAGCAUCUGUAUUAAAUGGUAUAGAAGACCAAAGAAAUAAACAGAUUAAUGAUAUCGAAAAAGCAAUUAGAGUUGUUAAAUUUAAGUGGAAUCAAAAUCACACUACAUCAGCGUCUGCCAGAGCCUUUCUUUGUGGCGAGGCCGCGCGCCUAUACGGGUUGAAAUGUGUCAAAAAUAAGAAUGGUAAAGAUGAAUAUAAAAUUGGAUCCAUUCCAAUCAUAGAAUUGCGACGACUUAACACCGUUACAGCAGCCCAAAUAUCAACCUCCCUCUCACAUAUCGUGCAUCUUCUCAUGCUCUCAGCUCAUUACCUCGGUAUACGUCUUCCUGCAGAGAUUACUCUCCCACAUCGAGAUUACCCACUGCCAACCAUACUACCUUUACAAUAUUCAUAUAAAUCAAAUAAUUUGCCACAUCAGAGUAAUUCUCACUCGACAUUCAGUCCAGGGGUUUCCCUUCAACUCGAUCAGUCCGAUCAAUCUCGACCCCGACCUCUAUUUAUCAACAAGCCAUUGCCUAUUAUCGCUUGCGAAGAUCCCACAGAACAUGCUUUAUUCUUGGAGGGUGUUAGCUUGCUAGCCUAUAACAUUUCGUGGUUGUGUGAAAGUCAAGGGAUGGUAAUUGGAGAAGACGGUAAUAUGAUGGAGAUCUUUGACAUAGGGAGAAACAUGUUCGCUUUAUUGAUAGGAGUCCAUCCUCGGCCAUACUUUGGGUCUCGAGCUACUCUAGCCCCAUGUACGCCAGCUCGGGGCCGACGAAAUAUUGAGCCUGAAACUACCAGUAGAAUAUCUUCGUACCCCACCAUGCUAGGAAAGUACUCACAUAGUACGGCACAUUCUUUCUUAGGAAAUGCUGAAGGGACGGGCAUGAUUUUGCGAUGGAAACUCCCGAGUCCAACAAAGUUAUGUGACAACCUUAGAUCAGAACUAAUGAGCGAAAUCGCGAACGCAGAAUGGGAAGUAUUGAACGCCGAUGCGUGGACUAUAGAUGAUGAUGAACCGAUGGGUCAUGAUGGGGUAAUGAUUCGGGCUAAGGAGGAAUCAGAACGGGGUCCUAGCUUGGGCAUGCAGAGCUUCUUAAGCAUAAAAACCGUCAUGGAUGCCGCCGAAACAUUAAGAGCCGAGAGAGAAAGUAGAAUUGUGACGAGUGGCUGGACAAAGCUGAAACCUAGGUAG